GUCAUCCUGCUUGUGCAGAAACCCAUUUAAGGCCAGAGAGCUGUUACAGACUGGUCUGUCUGAGUCCAUGCGUCCAUCUGUAUUUUUGUAAGUUUACAUGAGCAGUUAAAGGUCUUCCUCCUCUGGAUUCAUCCUCAGAAGCUUUCUUCUCUGGACGAUAGGAUAAACGACUGAAGAGACAUGGGACCUCGUACAGCCGUGGGCCCUUCGAAGGAGGUGAAGGCGGUUGCAAGAGGAGGAUGUGGAGGUCAGGGAGGAGCCCGGCUGAGGAGCAACAGUGAAGGCAGCAGAUACAGCAGGAGAGAUGUCGGCAUAAUCAGCAACUCAUCCUGCUCCCGGGUGCUCUCCAACCCCAAAUCAGUCUUGAAGAGACCAGUGAGCACGGAGGAGCUGCAAAGGCCAGGAGGACCCUACAUCAAGAAAACAUUUACAAUUGUUGGCGAUGCAGUGGGCUGGGGGUUUGUGGUGAGAGGAAACAGGCCGUGUCACAUCCAGGCUGUGGAGCCCUGCGGCCCAGCUGAUGCUGCUGGGAUGAAGGUUUGUCAGUUUGUGGUUUCUGUCAACGGGCUGAAUGUUCUCAAUCUGGACUACCGGACUGUCAGCCACCUGAUCCUAACAGGACCCAGAACUGUGGUGAUGGAGGUGAUGGAGGAGACUGACCACUGAGGAAUGAAAGAAACUGAUGGAGGGACAGUACAGUAGAAGCUGAGAAUGCCAUGAACGGUGUUCUGGGUUUUAUGAAACCGUUACUAACACAUGUGUCCUGUCUGAGGUCUUCUUUAAAAAGGACUGCAUGGACACAUAAUGAAACAGGACAUAACCUUGGUAGGAAUUACACAUGUUUUUGUUGACGGAGGGCAUUUGUUUUCAGAUUGGUUGGCUGAAGAUUUAAGUUUUAGAUCAACACUUGUGUUGAAGAAAGCAGCCUUCUUAAUGUAAACUGAGCUAAACACUGGACUAAAUAUCCAAACAUGAUGGCUAAUGAGUCUGAAGCUGCCAAGUCACUGCAUCAAAAAGCUUUCCACUUUCGUGCCCAAUAACAAAUCAGCAUUAUCUUUCACUGGAUGAUCCCAGCUGACAUACAUAAGUAAAUUGUUGGUAUAAUAUAUGUAUUGAAUCAGAUGUUCAAAUUGUGAUUAGUCUAAGAUGUUUUUCCAUGCUAAUGGUCAGGAAAUAUUUCUUAUAUAAAUAUUCACAGAAUUGCAAGGAGGAAAUCCUGGAGAGGGCGUAGAGGCAGAGUGGUGUGGUUGGAGUUUAGCAGGCCAGAGAGGGAAAUGCUUGUAGACCUCGUGGUGUAUGACAGAGUGGCUUACUGGCAGGUUGAGCAGAGUAUCCAGUAGGAGGUAGGUCUGAACACGGAGGCAGAGGCUAGUGAGCAGGCUGAGAACAGAGCAAACAGGCUGUAGUUUUAAUUCUCAAGCAGGUACAAUGUUGGAUGUUGACACAAGGCCUACUUUUUAUAACUCUACAAUUCUGGUAGAGACUGGCUGCUAAGUCAGUGCUUAUGAGGAGGAGCUGAAUGGCAGGAUAUGGGUCAGGUGUGCAGAUUGCAGGCAAGAGAGUGGAAGUGCCAAACCAGCAGGGUGUGAAGUAACGCUCACAGAUUUUAAUUGAAGGGAAACAGAGAGAGUGAGCACAAGGGAGAGAGUGACCCAAAAACCCACCCAGCAAACCUCAUUCACUCAAAAGGAAAAAACAACAACACUCAAGUGUCACUACUGGCCUUAGGGCGGGGGAAAAGGUGGCAUCAUGUGAUUUACAGAUUUGACUUUAAGCCACUGUGCCAAACUUCCCACAUGACACUCCAUUGGUACUGGUGGCUUGAUGCAGAAGUGUUCCUCUGAUGUCCGAGUGAUCGAGUGAAUGGGAAAGAAAAUGCUCUUACUCCCUUAGAGGUUUAAAGAUGUGUGUGUUCGAGGGGGGUUUUGCCUAAUUGACAGGAGUGUCAGCCUAUCACAGCCAGCAAUGGUGGUCGCUCUCUUGCUCAUCUCACCUGAGCUCCACCCAGACAGCAAAUCUGCCCAAACGUUUGGCUCGCAGAUCAGCUGUCCCUCCACCUGCGGAUAGAUCACUGGUAUUUUUUUCGCUUAGAUUUUCCAUUAAUGAAGUAUGAGUUUCUGUAGCACUAAUUUCUAACUACUUCUUUUAUUUAUUCAAAACAAGCUUUAUUCUAAACAUGAAACUUGUUGAUUUUUGUGAGAACAGAUUUUUCUUUCCCUAAAUAAAAAUCUGCUCGGCAUCAGAUGUUUCCGACUGAAACCAGAAAACCCUCUCAUGAACUGGAUGACCUCCAUAUUCUAAAGGAUCAUGGACAAAGACUUUGUAAGAAAGUGCUUAUUUGAGGGUGUUUAGAGACACACCUGCAUUGUGUUGUCUUACAAACUGACCCUGGUAGUUAUCAUGCUGUUGACAUUACAGUUAGUGUUUCCUACAUUGGGACAAACCCAUUACCUGCACGUAUAAAAGUAGCGUUUACACACUCCUGCACACACAUGCGCACGCCUCGAACCACGUACCCCCUCCGGCUGUGUUUACUUUUCCAUCCACUUCCUGCGACGUCUGACUGCCAGAAAGGGAGUGAGGAGUGUGAAGAUCGUGUGAGGUAGAUCAACAACUUGAGAGGAAGCAGACUUUAACUGAAGUGCUUUGUUUUGUAGUCUGUCUUGUUCCUUUAUCUUUUUAUACCUUUGUACUGUAUCUGUUUUUACUGUGUGUGUGUGUGUGUGUGUGUGUGUGUGUGUGUAGUCGACUCCAAAUCUGACAAAAGGCGAAACAUCUCUCAGCAGGCAGCAGUUUGCUCUCUGCAGGGUGAUUCUGUAGACUCAGUGAGUCUCUUGGUUCCUCUUGCAUAUUUAAUGGUGGUUUCCAUAGAGGCAGUUAGUCUAAUCAUGGUUGGAUACUGGGUGCUGAGGAUUUUUAUUAAAAAACUAAAUAUCCUUAUUAAAAUAGGUCUCACUUGUGCAAUACACAAUUACAAGCAGAAAUUAAGCACAUUAAAGGCUUAUCAAUAUUUAGAAUACCUUAUUUUAUACAUACUAUUCUCAUGAAUUAUGCUUUUAAUUGCUUGCUUUAUGUCAAAUCUUCUUUUUUUCAUUUCUUUACCUGUAAUUGCUUGAAUUUGUUUGAUUUUGAUUGUAAAACUACUUCGUGUGACAAAGCCUUCAUUGAUUGAUUAACUGACUAACAUAUUUUUUUGUCGAUUCAGGAAAUCCUCCAGGUGAUUAAUGUUAUAAAUUGAGCCAGCAGUCUUUUCUCUUGUCUCAGAAGAAGGUCUCAGGAAACUCAUGAUGUCUUACAUAUUGUUUAUUAAACGAGAUUCAAUGCCGGGA